AUGGGAUUAGCAACACAGACAUCAUCAUCAUCAUCAUCAUCAUCUAUUCAAUUUACCGACAACAAUCACACCAGCAUGUCUCAAGAUUACCACCACCACCAAGCCGCCAUCUUGAAUUUGGACAGAUCACAAGAGGCGCCGCCCCACGUCGCCCAACAGCUGCGGCGAGACAAACUCCGCGUGCAGGGGUUGGGGUUGGACGACGACCCCAUGCUCUCGGAGAUGUUGGACUCCCAAAUCCUCUCCACCUACCAUCAGAUCCCGAGCAUGGGCUCAGAUCCGGCCGCAGCCAUGCACCUGUUUCUGAUGAACCCUCACCCUCACCCUCACCCUCACCCUCACCGCCAUCGAUCUCCGCCGUCCACCCUCAACAACUUGGCUUGGCUCAAUAACGAAAUCCCGAGCAUUGUCCAAGGUCGUCAAGCCCUCUCUCUCUCCCUCUCCUCCUCCGAGGAGAACAACAUGCUUUUUUUCGCUUCUUCAGCAGCAGCAGCAGCGCCACAUCAUCAUCAGUAUAAUAAUAACCAGAUGAUGCUGCAGCAGCAGCAAAUGGGUAUAGGAAUAGGAUCUUCUUCUUCUUCUUCUUCUUCUUCUUACGGAGGAGGCUUGAGCCUGUUGAGAAACUCCAAGUACGCCAAGGCCGCACGGGAGCUGUUGGAGGAGUUUUGCACUACUGUCGGCCGGCGGGAACACAACAAAAACCGAAACCCUACCAACUCCUCCUCUUCCUCCAAGGAGGUGAAUCUGCCCGCCGACAGGCUUGAGCACCAGAGGAGAAAGCUCAAACUUUUAUCUAUGCUUGACGAGGUGGAGCGGAGGUACAAGCACUACUGCGAGCAAAUGCAAAUGGUGGUGAACUCGUUCGACAUGGUGAUGGGGUUGGGGUCCGCGGGGCCUUACACAUCCCUAGCCCAGAAGGCCAUGUCUCGGCACUUCAGAUGCCUCAAGGACUCGAUUGCCUCACAGCUGAAGCAGAGCUGUGAGGCGCUCGGAGAAAAAGACGCGAGCUCGUCAGGCGUGACCAAAGGGGAGACCCCACGGCUACGCAUGCUGGAGCAGAGCCUCAGGCAGCAGAGGGCCUUCCAGCAAAUGGGAAUGAUGGAGCAAGAGGCGUGGAGGCCCCAACGAGGCUUGCCCGAGAGAUCAGUCAAUAUUCUCAGGGCAUGGCUUUUCGAGCAUUUUCUCCACCCGUACCCAAGCGAUGCCGAUAAGCAUCUCUUAGCUAGACAGACUGGUUUAUCAAGAAAUCAGGUUUCAAACUGGUUCAUUAAUGCCAGGGUCCGUUUAUGGAAACCAAUGGUCGAAGAAAUGUACCAACAAGAAGCCAAAGAAGAAGAGACUGCGAAUGAAGAAGAAGAAGAAGAUGAAAAUAAUAACAAUAAUAAUAAUAUUAAUAGUAAUAUUAAUCGGGACCAAAUUAACAGCUCGACCGGUCAAAACCCGACGCUCUACAACAGUUUGGCUCCGAACGAAGAUGUUGACGGUCAAGCAAACGACCCGACUCCGUAUGCCGGAAUUGUCUUAUCCGAUGCUGCCGGAGCUCCGGCCGCCGGGAACCCUUUUCCGGCGAGUAAUGCCGACGAUAUCGAGGCUACUUUGAUUAGGUUUGGUGCUGGUGACGUGUCGCUGACGCUAGGGCUGCGCCACGCGGGGAAUUUGCCGGAGAAAGGGCCGUUUUCAGUUAGGGAUUUUGGGGGGUGUUAGUUUAAUUAAAGUUAAAAGUUUUACUAUUAUUAUAAUAUAUUUAAUUAAAUAAGAUAUUUUAAGGCUAUAUCGCGGUUUUUUUUCUUUUUGUGUUUUUAUAAUAUUAGUNUAGCAGGUUUUAUGAGAUUUUAUU